AUGGAAACUGCAAGCGCACCUUCAUUCGAGCCAGUGGACGUUACCAGGCCAGUACCACGGAUAUAUCCUGGUUUAAAACGUGAAUAUGAAUACCAAGGAGUAGAAAACGUUCUAUCACCCCCUUCAUCAAUCGAAACGAGCAACUUUCGCCUUUUUCGCAUUUUAAACAUUGAGGCAGAGCUCCGCCAAGAGCGUGACACUCGUCAUAAGCUGCGUAAGAAAUACACGCGCAUUACUUGGACACUCGACACCUUAUCUGCUGCAUCGAGUGCCUUUACAGUCGUGACAGGAACUGGAGGUAUUGCUCACACUCUAUCUGGUGUGGGCGCUCAGGCUGGGGCCGCUCUUGAAGCUUUUGCAGUCGCUGGCGGGUUGAUCUUAGGUGUUGGGCGUGUUCUUUAUAUCAACGAAUGUCAUUCUGUGUCUUCUCCUUGUGGCAAAGGUCACUCAUGCAUAAAUAUCCUAGGCUCCUACGAAUGUAGAUCCUCCCCUGGAUACUAUCGUGCCAAAUCCAAAAAGAAAUGCAUCGCCAAAGAUUGCAGUGAGGUACAAAAUAAUGGCAAGAACGAAAGUGGAGUUUAUCAAAUUGAUCCUGAUGGUCAAGGAUCUUUUAAUGUCUACUGUGACAUGACUUCAUAUGGUGGUGGCUGGACUGUAUUUCAAAGACGCCUAGAUGGAAGUGUUGAUUUCUAUCGUGGGUGGAAUGACUAUAAAGAAGGUUUUGGUGAUCUGAAAGGCGAAUUCUGGCUAGGAUUGAAUAAAAUAUACCGACUAACAUCAGCCAAGAGAAAUAAACUUCGUGUUGACCUGGGAGACUGGUCAGGAAACAAAGCAUAUGCUGAAUAUGAUUAUUUUGCUGUAAAGAAUGAAAGUAAAAAAUAUCAAUUAAGUCUUGGUAAAUAUUCUGGAACUGCUGGAGAUUCAUUAUCUUAUCAUAAAGGCAUGGCGUUUUCAACAAAAGAUUCAGAUAAUGAUAAGACUCGUGAAUUAAACUGUGCCACACGCUUCAAAGGUGCUUGGUGGUAUAAGAGUUGUUAUUAUUCUAAGCUGAAUGGCGACUACUAUAGUGGCAACCAAAGUAGUGACAAAGGUGUGAUUUGGAGUCAUUGGAAAGGUCAUAAAUCCUUAAAGUUCACUGAGAUGAAAAUAAAACCAUAAAGAAUUUCCAAAGGCUGUGAUGUUAUAAAUUUAAUCAUUAUUUCUAAUGAAACUUUCAUCAUAUAAUAAAAACAUUUUAGCUUUUAUGUCUUUUAAAGAACCUUUAUAAUCCUUAUCAUUUAAAAAAG